AUGGAGGCGACCAGGGACGGCAAGAUCCAGGAUGGCCGGAUAGCGCUGUCCACAGCUCUUUGGGACACCAGCUUAGAAAUGCCAGGUCGUCAGGAUGCUACUGAGGUCGAUGCACGGGAUGCCAACACCCCGGACAAGUGGAUCAAACGUCAUCCCGACAUGCUACGCAACACUGGGAUGCAUCCUUUCAACUCGGAGCCACCUCUCAAGAACUUGCAGGCAGCUGGCUGGAUUACACCCCCGGCUUUGUAUGUGGUCCGAAACCAUGGAGCAGUGCCACAGCUUUCCUGGUCCGAGCAUCGACUGAAGAUUACAGGAGUCCCAAAGCCAGUGGACCUGAGCAUGGAGCAGAUUGCAUCUGGUGAAUGGGGCACCAUUGUGUCGAUCCCAGUGACCUUUAUCUGUGCCGGGAACCGGCGCAAGGAGCAGAACCUCACCAAGAAGACAGUCGGAUUCGAUUGGGGAGCCGGAGCCGUCGGGAACUCCGUGUGGACAGGAGUCCGCCUGUGCGACUUGCUGGCAGCGGUUGGAAUCACGCGGCCUUCGAAAGAGCAUCGCUUCGUCCAUUUCGAAGGUCCUCUGGGUGAGUUGCCUCAGGGAAAGACGGGAUCAUACGGCACUUCCAUCGAUUUGGGCUGGGCGCUGGACAGGGAGCGAGAUGUGCUACUGGCCUUCAAACAAAACGGAGAGCUGCUUACCCCGGACCAUGGAUUUCCCCUGCGCACGCUCUUGCCUGGUUGCAUCGGUGGCCGGAUGAUCAAAUGGCUCUCCAGUAUGUGGGUCUCCGGAUACGGUUACACCGGUGGAGGUCACAAGAUCAUCCGAGCAGAGAUCUCCUUGGAUUCGGGCAAGUCUUGGGAGAUCACUGAGCUCCAAAGGCCAGAAGAUGAGAUCGCAGAAGCACGUGGCACUGACAAGCACUGGUGUUGGGCUUGGUGGGAGACGGAGGUUGACAUGAGCCGUCUCUUGGAUAGCGCGUGCGAAGAGAUUUGCUGUCGCGCUUGGGAUUCCAAUCAGAAUUGUCAGCCUGUGCAACUCACUUGGACGGUGAUGGGCAUGCUGAACAACCCCAUUUACCGCAUCAAGAUCCACCGCGAAGGCAGCCGGAUGUGGUUCGAGCAUCCAACUCAGGGCUCUAUGCCAGGCGGCUGGAUGACUGAUCAAGCGGGGCAAUUCAAUGAAAGCUUUGCAGUGGAGGCAACACCGGGGAAGACUGGCGUGGCUCCAUCGCGGCCAGUGGCUGCAGUGUGGAAGGGCGCCAAGAUAGACUCCGUAAGUGCUGCGGGUGCCAGUUCGGCCAGCCAAGCUGCGGCCAUUAGGCCCACCAAGGCAGGCAAGUUGGUGCAGUCCACGGAGGAGUGGCUUGCAGGAAUCAGCAUGGAGGAAGUUAAGAAGCAUGACAACGAGAAAAGCUGCUGGUUCGUCGUGAAGGGUAACGUCUAUGAUGGCACUCCCUAUCUGCAAGACCACCCUGGGGGAGCUUCCUCCAUCCUUCUUGCCGGUGGUCUUGAGGCCACCGAGGACUUUGAAGCAGUGCAUUCCACGCGCGCUUGGGAGAUGCUGAAGGACUACUACCUUGGCCCGUUGAGGGAAGCAGAGGGAGAACCAGAGGCUGGAGUUUCACAGAGCUUUCUCAGCAUGCUUGCGUCGCCACUAUGGUACCUGGGUGCGGCUCUCCUCUCACCUUUCGGAUCCUCUGCGCCAUUCUUGAAUCCCCGGGAGAGCCAACAGCUUGAGCUCUCAGAGAAGAUCGUUGUGAGCCACGACACCCGGAUCUUCCGCUUCAAGCUGCCUUCUCCGUCCAUGUCGCUGGGGCUUCCCACCGGCAUGCACAUGACACUGAAAGCCAAGGUGGAUGGCAAGCCGGUGAUGCGAGCAUACACACCCAUGACAGAUGACAGCACGCUGGGUCAUGUGGACUUGCUGGUGAAAGUCUACUUCAAAGGCGUGCACCCGAGCUUUCCGGACGGUGGCAAGAUGUCUCAGCACUUGGACAGCAUGAAGAUUGGGGACUCUAUCGAUGUCAAGGGACCCAUCGGUGAGUUUGUCUACAAAGGCCAGGGCCAAUGCCUUGUAAAUGGCAAGCCACGCUUUGUCAAAGAGAUCUCCAUGAUCGCUGGCGGCACUGGCAUCACCCCAUGUUACCAGGUGCUGGCAGCAAUCCUCCGAGAUCCGGAAGACAAGACCACGGUGCGACUUCUGUUCGCCAACCGGACGCCCGAUGAUAUCCUUGCACGAGAUGUGCUUGAGGAGUUGGCAGCCAAACACCCUGAGCGCUUUAUGCUGAGCUUCACCGUCGACAAAGUCCCUUCCGAAGACGAGAAUGUGAGCCCCUCUGAUGAGAAGAACUCCAAGUCAGCGUGGAAAGGUCAUGUGGGCUUUGUGACUCCAGCCAUGACCAAAGCGUCCUUGUUUCCUGCCAGCGAGGACACUGUAUGCUUGAUGUGUGGUCCCCCGGUGAUGUUAGAGAAAGCUUGCAUUCCGGCCUUGCAAAGCAUGGGCUACAAGGCUGAGAUAGAUCUCCUCGUAAGCACGGCGGACAUCUGUACACACAUCGAGUUUGGUUCUGACGUGCUGGUCUUGCAAGUGCUGGGAUGUCGGAGAUGUCGGGGGGACUUCUGCGGGCACUGCUGGAUCACCUCUUGGAAGUCCGUCAGCCGAGUGGAGAUGGCAGGUGCAAGUGAGCCCAAACCGAACAGCCAGUACCGUAGCCGGGACAGUGCGGACCUAGCGCCACAUGGUGGAGCGGAGGAAUGGUACGACUGGACCACACGGCCGUUUGGAGGGCUGCACUCGCCAGUUAAGUCUCAACCCACUGCCGCGAAAGCCGAAAGCUGUCCUCGCCGAGUGGUAAGAACCACACGCAACCAUGUCCAUCCCGUCGGCAAAAGCUCCUUGAGAACUAAGCUACCAGCCAAGAGCAUGGAGGACAGUUUGGACACCUGUGGCGAUGCUGUUGCACGUCUCAAACGGGAAGUCUUCGAAGCUUUGCAUGUUGAGUUCGUUUUCUUAGCCAUGUUGGCCAAAGAUGGGGUUCAAAAGAAUCUGCAGCUUCGCAUCGUUGGCUUGGACUGUGCUGAAGAGCUGCCGUUGUUGGAGCAUGCGGUGUUGAAACGAGAUUUGACGAUCAAGUCAGCCACACUGAUCAAGAUCGGGGCCCAUGUGGAUCAGAAUUUUGAGUUGGCACCGGUUUACCACAGCCCAGUGCGCAAGUACCUUAUGCCGAAGAAGCAUGAGGUGAAUCAAGUCACGGUGAGCUCGAGCUCUGCAGGUGAGGUCCGCGAAGCGGUGCCAACAGCGGGGGCAGCAUUACAUGACGUUGCAGAGAUCAUUAAAGUGUUGGUGGACUGUCCUGCGAAUGGAGGUGAACGUGGGGCCGUUGUCGCCAUGAUGCGCACUUUGAGGUACAAGCUCAUUGCGGCCCUCCUGAAGACGGAUGCCAACGCGAUCUCAGAUGUUUUCUUCAUGACUCCGGAUCUCGGGGCCAAUGGCCAGUCAAAGACUGUGGACCUUCUGGAGGCGGAGUUCAAGCUGGCAGUCUUUGAUCAGUUGCAGAAGAAUACCUCGACAAUCUCCCGGGCGUCUUCGAUACCGCCCCACAAGACUGUGACAGAGCAUGUGAGCGAGAAAGCAGCAGACCAUCAGGCUCAACACCUGCCCCUUGGGCUGCGGGAACUGCAGAAUGGCUUGGAGUACCAGUUGCAUGGACCGGUAUGCUCUGGUUUGACCAUCACUGGCUUUGAGAAAUAUGUGGGCAUUGGCCUAGCACAAAAGAGCCUCAAGGAUGCCCUGGGCUUCAAGGAUACACACUCUGCGGAAUCGAAGCCAUUGAUUCUGGAAAUUCGCACAUGUUUUAUCUCUGAGCAGAAGGUGAAGAGCACGGGCCAGCUCGCUGAGAUUCAGCACUUCUGGGAGCACACCAUCAUGCAAAAGGACCACCGGCGCUGCAAUGUACAGGUUCCAUGUUUUUUUGUAGAAAGCCCAAAGGAGCAAUACGCGAAUUUCGUGUCCUGGCUGGAUAUCUCGGAACGCACCUGGACGAUUGAUCGCGUCUUCCUGAACGGCAUUCUGCCAGCUGGACAUCGAUAUGGAGCUCAGGCCAUCGCAGAGCACCUCUUGGCACCUCCCUUACUCUUUUUCCAGUCGAAGAAGGAGUCCCAGAUCAGUCCGAGUUCAGAGGCCUUUUUGAACUCCAUGCCCGACUUGAAGAAGCUGGUGGUUGCGGAUGUGGUGAACUGGAACACCUAUUUGCUGAUGGCUGUCUGUGGUCUAACAGAAGCUGAGGCCCGGCAGAAGUUGGGUGACGUCUUAGAUUUCGCCCUAAGCACCGAGCUGAAGGCUGCGAAUUUGAAGAAGGAGACGCUGCUGAAAGGUAGCACAUUGGAGGUUUUUCAGAGCACGAUCUUGGGGAAGAUGGUCUCUUCGGCUUUGAAGCUUUGGAAUGAGAAGCUCCACAGAUCUGUGAAGAUGGAGAGUGCAGAGGUGGUCUACGGAGAGGGUGACGAGGUGAUCUUCGGUGAGAGAAGGCCUCGAAUGGCCGUAGUGGUGCAACUGGCCGAGGAGCACGCUGAGCUGAGAGCCACACAGAAAUUCGGUGCGGUUAAGGAAGUCGUGGAGAGCGAGCGCGAUUCGGCAAUGCACGGCAUGGGAAAGUUCCUGGAAGGUGCAUGGGGGAGCCACGAACGAGUCCAGUUUCCUGGCACCAACAAUGCACAACAAUACUUCGCAGGCCUUUCGAGCGCCAUGACAUGUUUCAUGCACGAGUUGCAAGUGGAACGCGGUCUUUCAUGCUAUGCCGUGGCUGCAGAACCCACUGUUUUGGUGACUGCCGUGGAGCGUCUGCAGAACCAGCGCACCAGAAGCGACAAGGCUGUACAACAACUCUCCGAGAUUUUGCGCCUUGCGCCGGCCCUCCAGGAGAAAGGCUACAUCCAAAGCACGCACCUUAAGGACCUGUUUGCCUUGCAAGAGAUCACAGUCGGCCUGGUGUUGCAGAGAGGCCGCGUGAAUGAUGCGAUGCGGCAUGUGACGCCCAGCUGGAUCAGCCGAUACGAGACAGUCUGUAUGGGAGACACGGGCUACCAUGCUCUCAUCGAUCGCAUCAUAAAAACCAUCGUGCAAGCCCUCAGCUUCGCGGCAGAAGGCUUGGACUCCCCAGAGGCCAAGCAAGUCCCGGACCGGUGUGCCUUCCUGCUGCGCUGCAAAGAAGCCGUUGGUCGAGAGCGAGGUCUGAUGGCAGCAAAAAGUCGUUCGAAACUGGACGACGAGAGCAGCGCCAAGCAGCUCUUCAAGGAAACGACAGAAGGUGGAGAAGAAGCCUUAAAGCGGAUUCUGGAGGAUAAACUCCUUGGACCUGCACCAGAAAGCCAGACUCUGUCAGAUGCUUUUGCAGAGGCACGCUUGCUCUACACGAACGAUGCGAAGGUACCUUCAGACAGGGCAGUGGAAUUGUUUGAGAAGUUUACCCAGUGGAUUCAGCUUGCGUAUGGUCACAUUCAAACAGAGAUUGAGGCUUUGAGUGAGGACAUACCAGGUGAAAGCACGGCUCUAGCCCGUCCUGAAAUGCACCUGGGUGUGCAGUUCGAGGAGCAAGUAGAUGAUGGGCCUCUUGGGCUCCUGUUAGCGGACAUGGCUGCCAAUGCCUUCAAAAACGUGGUGGUCAUGGCUGGGGCGGGCAUUUCGGUGUCUGCGAAUCUGCCAGAUUUCCGAUCCAAGGGAGGGCUCUAUGACCAGUUGAGGCAGACUACCAACAUCACCACCCCAGAGACCAUCUUCACCUUGCAAUUUCUGAAAGAGCAACCGUUGCUCUUCUACAAGGUGAUGCAGCAACUUAGGGCGGAUCAUGUGUCCCCUACCCUCACACAUGAGUUCCUGAAGAGGCUGCAGGACAGAAAGAUUCUGAGGAGAAUUUACACACAGAACAUUGACUGCUUGGAGCGGAAGGUUGGCAUUGAAGAUUCGUUGCUGGUGGAAUGCCAUGGCACCACACGAAGAGCGAGGUGCGACGAGUGUCGAACCUUCAUCUCUAAGGAAGAGUACUUCGACCAAGCCGAUCCACCUAGGUGCAAGUGUGGCAGCGCGCUCCGUCCGGACAUCGUACUCUUUGGAGAGCCAUUGCCAGAGAGCUUUAACCAACACAAGACCGAUUUCCAAAGCGCGGACCUUCUGAUCAUCAUGGGCACCUCCUUGAAAGUUCAUCCUUUCGCCUCGUUGCCCAAGCUCAUCAAGCCCACUUGCGCUGUGCUGGUCAUCAAUCGCGAGUUCCCACAGAGCUUGCAGCUGCACCGCCAGGUCCGGACCUUGCGAUCGCGCCUGAGCGGAACCAAGCUGCGGAAGCACGUCUUUUUAGGUGGUGACUGCGACACGAGCGUCCGCUGGCUCAUGCAAGAGCAGGGUUGGACGCAACGACACGUUCAAGUCUCCGUCUAA